GUUCGACACAGGCUCGGGCCCGACGGGGGAGACGGAGCCCCAGGUACCGGGCUGAUGGAGCCCGCAAGGGCAGGGGCAGAGGCGUCCGGGAGAGAAGCGCAGCCUGACCUGUGAUCAGAGGCGGAGACAGAGUGGGGGGAAGAGACACCACAACUCCACCAUCCAUGGAGCUUCCCCAGUGUUGUCCAUGGUGCUCACAUGUGGUGCCAGGGAUUGAACCAGGGCUUCAUGAAUGAUCUACUCUUCUUGAACUGCUGAAGCCUGGAAGUCCCUUCCCCUUCCCCCUCCCCCCUUUGCCGCUUUGUGGCAUCCCCCUCCCUCCACCCUUUCCCACUGUGACAAUCUAGCCAUGACAAGCAGAAGCACAGCCAGGCCCAAUGGCCAGCCCCAGGCCAGCAAAAUAUGCCAGUUCAAAUUGGUCCUGCUGGGUGAAUCUGCAGUGGGGAAGUCUAGCUUGGUAUUACGGUUUGUCAAAGGGCAGUUCCACGAGUACCAGGAGAGCACCAUUGGAGCUGCCUUCCUCACCCAGUCUGUUUGUCUAGAUGACACAACAGUCAAGUUUGAAAUCUGGGAUACAGCUGGGCAGGAGCGAUACCAUAGCUUGGCUCCUAUGUAUUAUAGAGGUGCCCAAGCUGCAAUUGUUGUUUAUGACAUUACUAAUCAGGAAACCUUUGCCCGAGCGAAGACAUGGGUAAAGGAACUACAGCGACAGGCCAGCCCUAGCAUCGUUAUUGCUCUGGCAGGGAACAAAGCUGACCUGGCCAACAAGCGCAUGGUGGAAUAUGAAGAAGCCCAGGCAUAUGCAGAUGACAACAGCUUAUUGUUUAUGGAGACUUCCGCCAAGACAGCUAUGAACGUGAAUGAUCUCUUCCUGGCAAUAGCUAAGAAGUUGCCAAAGAGUGAACCCCAGAAUCUGGGGGGUGCAGGAUGCCGAAGCCGGGGUGUGGAUCUGCAUGAACAGUCCCAGCAGAACAAGAGCCAGUGUUGUAGCAACUGAAGGGGUGGCUAGCAGCAAACAAGUAUGGAGCUAGCACGAGAGCUAAGAAAUAACCUCCAUCCCCACCCCUCAGCACACAGCCCCUCUGGUAACAGCACACUGAGCCCUGGCUCCCAAGGGCUGCCUCCUGACAGCUCCGUCAUGGCACUUUUUAACGCUUCAGCAACCAACACCAGGCAGCUGUUGCCACUGGCCUCCUACCCCUGCUGUGGGACUCAGGGGUCAAACCCCCCCAGGAUUUACCUUCCAAAACAAACUUUCUUCACUUUGUAUUAUAGGUGCAAGACAGUGACCUACUUAUUAUCUUUCCUCUUCUUCCUCUUCCUUAUUAUUAUUACUUUCCCAGAAAACACCUUUUUUUUUUUUUUUUGGGGGGGGUCUCUUGCCCCUUUCCCUUCUGCUUUUGGUCAGUCAAUCCCUGUUCCUGAUCCCGAUUUUCUCCUCUCCCAGGGUGGAGAAGGUGGUGAUCCAGGAACUGAGAAGAAUUUCCAGUCCAGUCAUAUUAAGGGCCCUGGGGGGAGAGUAAGGCUGAGAGCAGGAAGAAAUAAGGAAACAUUUUCUUUUUGUUUGCAUUUGGUUGGAGUUUCUCACAUCUGAAAACAUUGGUAUCCAUGAGUUUGCCUUGUGGAGGAGGGUGUUUCUAGGGUAGCAGUGAGAACAGGAAAUUGAGCUCUCGGCACCAGGUAGGAGUCAUGUUGUUAGCUAACUGAGUGGAGGUAGAGAUGCAGUGACAUCGAGGCUCUGGAACUCUUCCAAAGCCUCAUUUCCCCUCACCCAGCCUCUUAGGUAGCUUCUCCCCCAUAGUGGGGGAGACUCUGGACCCCAGAGUCCUCCAAAGAAUCUUCACUGGUUGCCUGCAUCUUUGGCUCUGCUGUGAUCUAAUUAGAGGAGGGAGCAGUUUCUGAUACCCAUCCUCUGAUGUAUACAUAUGCAUUUUUCUUUCUCUCUGGCCUUUAGAUGGCCUCAGCCCAACCACUAUAUGCCCCUGCAGUUUGCACUUUAAUUAAUUGAUGGGAGUUAAGUUAGGAUACUUGUUUCAUGGGGGAGUUUGAUCGACUCACCUGCCCUCUCACUUUUUUAAUUAAAUGGAUUCCAUGAGUAUUUGAGGUUUUGGGAAGGGCUGUAGAGAGUAAUACCAGUGGCAACUACUCAGGCCCAAACUCCACUGCUAGCUUCCUCUUAACUCUGCUUCUUGACCUAUAUUCUUGCCAAUUUAGCUCUUGGAUAUAGGUUUGCCUUUCCUGGGAAACUAAUUGGGCCACUUGAGAGUGGUCUCAGAAUAGCUUAUGUCACAGUAGAGGAGUGAAGAGGGAUCAGGCAAGAGGGAAGAGUUUUCUGUCCUUUCCCAGAGUUCACGUUCAAAUUGAUCUCCCCAGUACCAUGUAUUUUCUAUUUCCCUGUAAAUAGGUUUUGACUUUAUUCCUACUGUACAGUCUGUUCUGUCCCCCACCUCCCAUCAGACCCCAUUUCUUUAGGUUAUUCCUCCCAUCCUUAUAUAUUCUCCCUCUCCCCAUGUAUCCAAUGGGUUAAUCCACGUACCACUAGGGACUACUACCACAAAGGCCUACUCUUGGUCCCUCAUACCACCUGUUCCUGUUGACAAGGAACAACUAUCACUGAAGGCCCCUCACAGCUGUGCUGUCUCACAUCACCAGAGACAGGAUGGUCCUUUCUAGAUCUCUAACCUUUCUUUCCAUCCCCUGUCAGGUAUUAAUUUAGGAUGUCUUUGGGGAAACCAUCAAGGCAAGAGAGAAAUCUGAGCUUCUUCCUUCCCAGUUUUGGAGGAAAUAAGAUAGAAAAGGGCACAGUGACCUAGUAUUGGACCCUUUCUGCCAUAUUGGUUUAUAGACUGUCUUCUGUCCCAAGACAGCUUAGAGACCCAUGAAGCUGAGAUACUGAAGAACCCAGCUUAGGUUGUUCCACUUAAGCCUCAAUUCCCUCCCUUUUCCCGGGGCAGCCUUAGUUCUUGUGGCCCUAAAACACAUAGACCUUGCUCCCCACACUCUGCCUUCACCCUAGCACCCACAAGACUCUUAAAGCACCCAGUGCUUCCUAACAAAGUGGAAGAACGAGGGUGGCUCUCUUAAGUCUCUUAGAGAUAAAGUUAUUUCUCUGUGCAUCUCUGUGGAGCAGGAAUAGAUAUUUCAUUGCCUUGGAGCUGAGAAACCAUUUCUCCAAGCUUCUCCUAUCCCCAGUCUCACUUAGGAAUGGGAUCGGCCUUAGUCUCUGGGCCUGUCUGCUGCCUUCCUUCUACUUCCUACCAGCUCUUCUGCUUUCCUUUGAGCUUGGCAAUCUUGGUUUUUAUUUCCCAGCUAUUUUUUUUUUAUCAAUUUUUUUAAGGGGGAGGGAGGUGUUUUAUCCUGUUUUGUUUCUCAUUUUGCCUCUAAGAAAAGAUUUGCCUUUUAUCCUAUCUCUUCCUCUCCCAACCUAAUAAUCGUGGUAACAGAAUGCAACUGCUGAUUUACCGAUGUAUUUAAUGUAAGUAAAAAAGGGGGAAAAAAAGAAAAGAAAGUUGUGCUG